AUGUCCAUUUCGUACGACAGCGUCCAAUCCGCGCUCUACUACAAUUCGGCGCUAAUAUCCAGCACGCUACUUCCGCCGUUCCAGCAGGGGAAGCAUAGCCAGAUGGUUCUAGAAGCGUCGUUCUUGAAGGCCGAUUCCUAUGUUCAGAAGGGGGUCGUUGAUGGCAUCAACAAGGAUAUGGCACGUGGCACCGUCAGCUUCGAUGUGAUCGUUUAUGCCGACGUUAAGUUUGAGGCCGGGUACAACAAGGAGAAUCGGCAGCUCCUUGUCUCGUGCCAAGGUCUAGCUAUCACGCUCUUGUCCAAUAACAGCGGGUUCGGGACGAUGGUGGCAGGAGCGGGGGACUGCAUGGUUUAUGCGUGA